AUUCAAGAUGUCGGCUUGGCCGUACUGAAGGAGAUAUUUCAUCGCCUCUUUGACAUUUAUGUCAUCAAUGUUAGUGUUUUGCUUCUAAAGGAUGACCGGCCCAUUUUGUACACCUAUUAUCCCUUCAAUGUCAACGAAUGCCAUUCCUGGGAACCUCAAUACCUGGCCUCCUUUCACAACAUAGAAAAUGAGUCAAAUUUUACUUUAGGCACAAAAUUUUUUCCCAACAAAGUGGCAAAUAUGCAGGGAUGCAAUUUGACCAUUAUUACCUGGGAUUAUAUGCCAUGUUUGGGGCUUAAUUCUGAAUCCGAGGCUAAUGCAUCUAAAAAGGAUGGAUUUGAAGGAUUAUUGCUAAAGUUUCUAAUAGUGGAGCAACAAGGCAACAUCUCCAUACUAUGUUUCAUGUAUUCCAAGGAUCGUGCCGAUGCCAUGCUGGCCAGUAAGAGUUACAUAAGUCAACGCAUUGUUUUGGCCAUUCCCCAUGGCAGACUGAUGGUACCAUUUGAGCCUCUAAUUAAACCAUUUCGUUGCAUCACAUGGCUCUGCUUUAGUUUAAGUUUUGCUUUGGCAAUUUGGGUCAUCUAUUCCAUACGCUUUCUGGAUAAAGCCGAACUGACAACUCUAGUCUAUGGCCACGAUAAUCGCACUCCAUUUUUAAAUCUUCUCCAAACCUUGGCUGGUGGUGCCAUAUAUGGUCACAUACCUAAAAGAAAUUUUGCCCGUUACAUUCUAAUGAUGUGGUUGCUGUACACUGUGGUCUUGAGAACCGCCUAUUCGGGAGAAUUGUUUAGAAUUCUUCAACAUUCGCAUGUGCGUUACACAGUGACUAGCCUAGGGCAGGCUGUUGAAAGCAAUUAUACUGUAUACACUUUCUUCUCAGUGGUUGGUGUACUUAAGUCCCUAUAUCCUGAGCUAAAGAUUCGUUUGGUGGACGAGCACAAUCCUUUAGCCAAUAUUUUAGAGAAAUUAAGUGAUCCUAAUAAUGAGGAGAAAAUAGCAUUGGGCAUUUCUGAAUAUGCCAUAAGGUGGUAUAAUCAAAAAAAUCAUCCGCGAAGAAUUAAGAUGCUGGCCCAACCUUUGGUAACCGCACCGGUUGUCUUUUUUAUGCCUCGUCAUUCGUAUCUGGCCCAUCCCACUGGCAAAUGGAUUGCAGAUGUCUUACAAUCGGGCCUAAUGAAAAGAAUGGAAUCCUCAGUGCUGUACAUGACCUCAAGAUCAUCUCAAAGUCGAGGUGCAGCUGCCGCAUUAUCUUUCUACUUAUUAUCUGGGGUAUUUUUUGUUUAUUUCUUAGUUUUGGUAUUUUGUUCUCUUAUAUUUCUAUUGGAGUUAAAUAGUAGUAGGUCUGCUAAAAUUCGUAAUUUGCUUAAUUUUCUGAAUGUAUAA